UGCAUGGUUGUAUAAAGAGGAAAUCAGGUGGUGGCAGUUGAUUGGCAUAUGAAGACUGUUGGAUUGAUUGGGAAACUCGGUGAUCAAACCAUUUGCUACCAAAUUUAUUCUCAUUUACUCACUCAGAUCUCUACUCUAAACCCCUUUAUAAAAAUCCCACUAAACCUAUCCAUCCAUUCAUCUUCCUCAUACCAAAAAAAAAAAAAAAACCCUCUGCACUGCAGGUCACACCUCUUUGGAUAUCUAUUGCUUGCUCUGCUCCUUUCAAAUGUUAAGAAGAAGCGAGAAUGAAAUAAAAAUAGUUCUUACAAGACCAUUAUCAUUAAAUGGUGAACUCGAAGCUGAUUACAAGGCGCCCAAUUUGAUCCACAGGAUAUUAAGUCUUUUCAAGAAUGUACGUCCAGGCUCAGAUCUCACUCAUUUUAAGCUGCCGCCUCAGUUCAACGUUCCCAAGUCACAUCUUCAAUGUUAUGGAGAAACAGUGUACUGCAACGGCAGUGACAUGUUGAGGCGAUGUAACCAGGCCAACAAUUCCCUCGACAGAUUCAUGUCGGUUGUGGCUUGGAGCAUUUCCACGUUACGCCCUCUCAUGUUUGGGGUUGCCCCUUACAAUCCCAUCCUCGGUGAGACUCAUCACGUCUCAAGGGCUACUCUCAACGUCCUCCUCGAACAGAUUUCUCAUCACCCCCCAGUUUCUGCUCUCCAUGCAACCGAUGAGGAACACGAUAUUGAACUCGUUUGGUGUCACCAAUGUGUCCCCAACUUCAAUGGUGCGUGGGUGGAAACUGAGGUGCGAGGAAAGAGGCAACUUAAGCUACUGAGUCGAGGAGAAACAUAUGAAAUGAACUCUCCCAACCUCUUGAUAAAAUUUCUGCCACUGGCAGGAGUGGAUUGGACUGGAAACGUUACAAUCAGCUGCAAAGAAAACGGGCUUGAAGCUGAAUUACGAUAUGGACCCAAGUCCUUUUUUGGUCUUAGAGGAAGUCAUAGAUCAGUUAAAGGAAAGGUCUAUGAAACAGCAACCAAGAGGACCCUUUUCCAACUUAAUGGUCAUUGGGAUAGAACGGUGACAGCGAAGGACAAUAAUAGUGGGAAGUCGAGGGUGAUAUACAAUGCAGAUGAAGUAUUUUCAGGGCUGAAAACCCCUGUCGUUAACGAUCUGAAGGGAGUGAGGCCAACAGAAUCGGCAGCAGUGUGGAGUGAGCUAAGCGAGGCCAUAAUGAGCCAAAAUUGGGAGAAAGCAAAAGAAGCGAAGAACGCGGUGGAGGGAAAGCAGAGGGAGGUCUUGAGAGAAAGGGAGUUGAAAGGAACACCAUGGGUUCCCCAGCAUUUCAGUGUGACUUACACCAAAGAUGGUGGUUGGGAAUGUUCACCUAUUCAACAAUGGGUUCCACCUGCUCCAAUUGUUCUUCCUCUUUCAUAGCCUUAUUUAACAAAUAUUUAAAGAUCAACACUAUCUUAAGCAGCACCUUAUACUAAAAUUCAUACUGCAGCUGGAACCAAACCUGCUUCUGAACAACAUUAUAUGCUUAUACAUGUCAUAUAAUAUGAUAAAUGCAAGUUAUAUUUACUCAACAAAAUAA